AUGUUUGCACGCGCCAUUUCUUCCGGCCUCUGCCGACAGGCUAUGCGCCCAGCCGUCUUUCGCGUCGCGGCCACGAGGGCCCCCGCCCCAGCAUUUGUCGCCCGAUCGUUCUUGUCGCCCUUCCAGGUGCGUCUCCUUUCCGACGAGACGCGGUCAGCCAUAGAAAAGGCCGUUGCCUCAGCCCCCGUCGUGCUGUUCAUGAAAGGAACACCCGAGAUGCCAGCUUGCGGCUUCUCGCGUGCCGUCAUCCAAAUUCUCGGCAUGCAGGGCGUCGAUCCUGCCCGCUUCGCUGCGUUUAACGUCCUCGAGGACGAUGAGCUGCGCUCCGGAAUCAAGGAGUACUCCGAGUGGCCGACCAUUCCUCAGCUAUACGUCAACAACGAGUUUGUUGGCGGAUGCGACAUCCUCGUCUCGAUGCACCAGAACGGCGACUUGGCCAAGAUGUUCGAAGAGAAGAAGCUCUUAGCUGAAGAGGGAGAGUCGGACAGUUAG